GAGCAACCGAACGGCUUGGAAGUGCAGCAGCAGUAACAGCAGCAAAUUCAGGAGCAGAAAGAACAGCAGCAGCAGCUUUUUGGCUGGCAGUUUUAAACUUUGAAUGGACAACGGCUGGCAGCAAAGUGAAUGACUUUUGAUUGGCAGCGCGAGCGACCGUGCAAAAAGUUAGAGUGAAUAAAACAGAAGUGCAUGAGCAUGCAGAAAUGCAUAUUACAAAAAAGAUGUGUUUUUUUACAUUCAUUAUUUAGCGACAUUUCUGUGGCAAAUAUCAAGCAUAUUGAGUGUGUGUGUGUUGAUGUAAGCGUGUACGUGCGCGCGUGUGUCUGUGCCCAAUUGUGUGUGCGUGUGUAGUUACGUGUUGUGCAUUUCAAAUUGGCACCGCUAGGCGAACAAAAAGAAUUACUUUGCGCGCUUAAAAAAAGGCUUCGAAAUGCAACCGACUGAGCUUGGCUGGCAUUUUGAAAGUGUCGCUUUCAUGUGUGUGUGCGUGUGUGCUUGUGUGUGUGUGUGUAUCUGUGUGUGUGUGCUCGCGCGUGUUAAUGCAUAAGUUACUGUUUGCCUGCUGCUUGCCUCGCAGUGCCACGACUUAAGAGCAAAUUUAUGUAUUUUUAAUAGACAGCUGUGCAUGGCAAAAUAAAAUAUAAUAAUUAGCUCUGCAAACAGACAGAGAGAGCUCAUAGCACUGCCAGCAUCCCACCGACACACUGCCAACCAAGGAACGUCCACUGCCACAAUAAAGUUUAAGCCAGUUACAUUUUACAACGAACGCAACGAAAAUUACUGCCAAAAACUUCAUCAUGUACAAAAAGCAAGAAAACAACAACUAAAUUGUUGUAGCAACAUUUUUUUUUUCUGUUUUUUUGUUUGUUUUUGUCUGUUGAGAAAGUGCCCCAUAUCAGCAGUAACAAGAACAACCGCAACAACAAUUUAGAAGCAGCCAACGUGUUCACAAUUCCGUUAAAGUCGCUGCUCCCGUUGCACGCCGUGUGAGUGUCCAUUGCAGCGUGUGAGCAACAUGCACCAUGUGUCAGCAGCAGCAGCAACUUCAACAACAACAACAACAACGGAAACUGCCUCGACAUCCGCUCGAGCGCUUCAGAUACUAAGAAAUUUUCAACCAAACACUGAAGUUGGUAUUAAGGACCGCUAGAGAUCCUCACAGAGGGGUGUAAAAGUGCUGACACCUUGUUCUCGCUUCCAGCUGUGGCAGCAAUUAACUCUGAUCGUUUGAGCCAAGAUCAGAUUAAUCGCCACAGAGGGCAGUCUAGACCAGAGAAUCUCAUUGCGGAUCCUUGAAGGCCCACAUACACAACAACAAUCAUUGGCAUCCGUCAGAGCAAAACUAUGAUAACAAGACUAUACAACACCGAAGAGGAUCCCGCCUAUUGCUCAUUCAUCUGGGGCGCGAAUCUCACCAGCAACAAUGACCUCGUCGUGGCCACCACCGCCAAUUCGACCCAUAUUUAUGCCAACGACUUGCGCGACGACUUAUAUGCGGACGUGGAGGAUCCGCGCACCGAAUCUCUACGCGAAUACUGCUACGGCCUCAUGUUGCCCGUCAUCUGCGCCCUGGGCAUCAUUGGCAAUGUUCUCAACCUAAUUGUCCUCACCCGUCGCAAUAUGCGGGGCACCGCCUACAUCUACAUGCGAGCUCGUAUUUUUUAUGGCGGACUUCACUUGUACUUUGACCAAGCCUACUCCACGGCCGCACUGCUUGCCAUUGUCUUUGCCAUACCCUUUGGCAUACGAAUGUUGGUCCACAAGGAUCGCGGACAGUGGGAGGAAUUCGGACCGGCAUUCUAUACGGCACACUUGGAGCUUUUCCUUGGCAAUGGUUGUUUGGGCGUUGGUGUGAUGAUGUUACUGGUGCUGACCAUCGAGCGUUAUGUGUCCGUCUGUCAUCCGGGAUUUACUCGACCCGUGAUGGGUCCACCAGGCGUGGUUGUCUUUCUCACCUGUUUCGCAACAUUCAUCAUCUAUCUGCCGAGCAUCUUCCGAGGCGAACUGAUCAAAUGCAUGCUGACAUCGAACAACGUGUACGUGUACUUACGGCGGGACAACAACAUCUAUCAGCGCACCAUCUUCUACUCGGUGUACAAGAUAAUGCUCGAGGUGAUAUUCAAGCUGAUACCGACGGUUUUGAUAGCGGGCCUGAAUUUGCGAAUCAUGUUGGUUUACCGUCGCACUUGCGAGCGGCGCCGCCAGAUGGUCCUCACCAGGGCGAACUAUGUGAAGGACGACGAUCCUCGUAAGUUUGCGGAAGAGCGACGUCUGUUUCUGCUGCUUGGCAGCACAUCGAUUCUGUUCCUACUCUGCGUCUCGCCCAUGGCCAUACUACAUAUGACAAUUGCAUCGGAAGUGUUGCCCAGCUUUCCGUUUCAGGUGUUUCGGGCGCUUGCCAAUCUGCUGGAGCUGAUCAACUAUUCGAUAACCUUCUAUAUUUACUGUCUGUUCAGCGAGGACUUUCGCAACACUCUGAUGCGCACCAUCAAGUGGCCGUGGCUGAAGAGCAAGCUGUGCCACCAGGUGGAUGAGGUGAGUGCUAGUCCGCCAGCUACGGCCACUGCUGCUGUUUGUAAUCCAGUUUGCCCGCCCCUUCACACAGACCCAGACCAUAAAGGGCGUUCCAAUGGUACGAUUCGAUAAGGUGACUUUGCGUAAUCAUCACAUCACCACCACAUCUGGCAUUGGACGUUCGAGCAGCAUAUAGUCCAGGCUAACGCCCCCUCCUACGCCCGCCGCCACGCCCAAGAUCAUGCCCACAACCACGCCUACGUCCAUCUCCAUGCCAAACUAAAUCGAUCCCCAUCCCGAACUGCCUUUAAGAAUGCUAAAUGUGCUCGAAUUGAACACAAGUCCCGGUGCUUUUUCGCCAUACAUGUAUAUUUAACUCUAAAUGCCGGAAUACCCCCAACAUUUGCCACAUACGUAAACCUAGCUACACUUCUACAAGCCUACAUUGAGCUAAUGAGGAGAUGUGUUCAGAGCCCCUUACUGCAGUAUACGAUAUACAUAUAUCUGAUCGAUCAGAUGACACUGGAGUAUUUAUGCUUGUAAUUGCCGCAAGUCAACUCGACCAUUUAAAUAUAUCUUAUGAUUUUAUUUUUUUUUUAUUUUAGGAUGGGGCUCUUAUCCAUAUAAUGUGCAUUCAUGCAUUUAGUACUUAUAUACGAAUAUUAUUGGUGUUGUUCAAGGUUGAUGCUAGAAAAACCGUUUUAGAAAACUCAAGAAAAUAUACCAAAUAUGCAUACUACAUAUAUCUAUAACAUAUAUCCUAUAUAUGUUGAGAUUGAAUAUUCAUAACAGGUGCAAACAAAAGAAUUUAGACAUUGAUCGCAAACUGAGCUGAAUUAUGGCAGUUAUGGCAAGAUCGAUAAUUAGACCCAUAAUUUUGGAGUUAAGGUGAAUCAGC